GGAGCGAUUUCUCCUCCCUUUCCCUCUUAUAAAACGCUCGUCUCUCCGUCCCAAUUUCAACUCGCAUCAAGAGAAAUCAAAGGCAAGAAGGCGAUCGAAAAGACUACAUACGGCCAUGGACGUGAGAAUGCUUGGUUUCGACGGCCCUCUGCUUUCCACUCUGCAACACCUGAUCGACGUCCCCGAAGAGGUGGAGAAGGCGAUGGGCGCGCCCACCCGUACCUACGUCCGCGACGCCAAGGCCAUGGCCUCCACCCCUGCCGACGUCAAGGAACUCCCCGACGCCUAUGUCUUCGUCGUCGACAUGCCCGGCCUCAGGCCCACCGACGUCAAGGUCCAGGUCGAGGAUGACCGCGUGCUCGUCGUCAGCGGCGAGCGCAAGCGCCAGGAAGAAGAGGGCAACGCCAAGUACCUGCGGAUGGAGCGCCGCGUUGGCAAGUUCAUGCGCAAGUUCGCUCUCCCCGACAACGCGGACGUCAACGCUGUCUCCGCCGUGUGCCAGGACGGCGUCCUCUCCGUCACCGUCAAGAAGGUGCCGCCGCCGGAGCCCAAGAAGCCCAAAGUCGUCGAGGUCAAGGUCGUGUGAGCAGUGAUCAUGUGAUUGAUCAUAUAAAACCUGCUGCGAUUAUCCAUCUGCUACUUGAUCUGCUGCUAUUUUCCAUGUUUGCUUUGGAUGUCUUUCUUUUGUUCUAGCUUGUGAAGCUCGAUGCUUCGGCAAAUAAAACGUAGCGUAGUUGUGUGGUGUUUGUAGCAAUGUGUGUAACAACCUGAACGCAGUAUGGUUUAGUAAUAUCCCCAUCCCUCUGUUUUCCAACAAAUUAAGGAUUGUUCGCAUUGAGUUCUUACA